AGCAGAAAUAUCCUGAGGAUGGCCCAGAUGAAGAAGAAAGGGAGGCCACCGAAGGUGGAUCCGCUGGCCAUCGAGACGUCAGCGGCGGAGCCUGACCUUCGCCGUAGUCAUCGCCGGCGGAAUGUGAAGUACGUCUUCGGCCUCGAUGACUACUUUGAUGACGACGAGCUCUUCGAAAACGAGGACCUGCACCGCAGAGAGAAGAAACUCAAGCACCUUCUUAAACUCCAGAGCGGCGGUGAACUUGAGUCAACAGCCCCUCAGCGGAGACGGACCCGGCGCGUGGACCAUGCGCCCGCGACGUCAGCCAAUUCCUCCGAUGACGGUGGCGAGCCAUUGAAAAAGCGGAAAAUCGAUGAAGAAAUCGACGAGGUUAUGGAUGGUGGUAAUGAUGAUGUCAAUGACGAAGAUAACUAUAGUGUCGAAAACGAUGAGGAGGUUAGAUUAAAAGAGGCGGAACCCAUAGCUGAACAUUCACCUCCGGGGGCACCGACAGAGUUUCCAUCUGGGAUACCAUUGCCUGAUAGGAAAGCUUUGGAGUUGGAGUUGAUUUUGGACAAACUUCAGAAGAAAGAUAUUUAUGGUGUUUAUGCAGAACCCGUUGAUCCUGAAGAGCUUCCAGAUUACCAUGAUGUCAUAAAGCACCCAAUGGACUUUGCCACUGUAAGGAGCAAGCUUGGAAAUGGAUCAUAUGCAACUUUGGAACAGUUUGAGAGUGAUGUUUUUCUCAUUUGCUCAAAUGCAAUGCAAUACAAUGCACCGGAUACCAUAUACCACAAGCAGGCACGCAGCAUCAAAGAAUUGGCCAUAAAAGAAUUUCAUAAGAUAAGGUUGAAUGCUGAAUGCUCAGAAAAAGAUGUCAAGCCUGAUCAGAAGAUGAGAUCUAGCUCUACUUUGAUAAGGCAAAUAAAAAAGUCUGUGAGCCGGACCAUCCAAGAAUCUCUUAGCUCUGAUUUCUCAUCAGGAGUCAUUCAUGCAACAACAGUUGAUAUCCAUAAUGCUUCAGAUGCCCUCCAGUCUGUUGGAUGCGAGAGACCUCGUAAUAUCGAUGUGCUUGCUGAAGGAAAUCAUUUAUCGAAUGACAACAAUUUAUACAAGGGAGAAGAAUCAUUGCCAGUUAAGGGUCCGGUUUCUAGGUUUGGUAGGAAAUCAUUUCUGCACGAUGAAAACCGUCGUGCCACAUAUAGCACCUUGCUCUCUUCCCCUGUGACCACCUCGGAAUCUAUCUUGUCAACUUUUGAGGGAGAAAGCAAGCAAUUGAUUCCUGUAGGGCUUUUUUCGGAUAAUUCAUAUGCUAGGAGCUUGGCUCGUUUUGCUACAACAUUUGGAUCUGUUGCCUGGAAAGUUACUUCCAAGAGAAUUGAACAAGCGCUCCCUCAAGGAUUCAAGUUUGGUCGGGGGUGGGUGGGAGACUAUGAGCCACUUCCAACUCCUGUAUUAAUGCUACAAAAUUGCACUGUGAAGGAACCGCCUUUUUUGGCGAAGGUACAGCCUGAUGCUGAUCCUCGGAAGUUCGAGGAUGUCCCUAUGGUCACAGUGUCUUCCGAGGAAAGCCCAGGUAGUAGGCCGGUUUUGGAAAAUAAAUCCCCAUUUAUUGGUCCUGCUGGUGUCAGUUCCCCUGCUCCUAGUAUCACCACCACUCUUCCAGUCAAGGAGCACCUGAUUACAAUGAGUGUAUCAGAAACAAAACCAUCUUUCUUUUCAUCACCUGGGAUGAACCCUGGGUAUUCUGCUAAUCCCAGUAACCAGCAUCAAUAUUCACACUCUAGGACUUCUGUUGAGACUGAUGAGAAGGUUUUGAAGCAGUUUCAAUCGACAGGUCCACCCUCAUUCAGUAAAAAUGCAGCUGAACUCAUUGGCCACCGACAAAUUUCCAAGAGUUCUGGAAUGGAAACUUCCAUGUUCACGAAAUUCACUUCAAGGGACAUUAACCUUUUUCCAUCUGAAGCUUCUGGAAGGCCUGAUAAUAUUGGACCCAGUAUUGGAGGACUGCCUAAUGGAAGGGUUGUUGAUAAUGGAUGGGAUAGUAAUACGUUAGACAGUUCAUCAUUUGGUUCGGCGAAAUCAGCCCAUCAGCAGGGGCAGGGUCUGGGUGAUCCUGUCCAGUUGAUGAGGAUGUUGGCUGAAAAAGCUCAGAAUCAAAGACUAUCCUCAAAUCAGUUAUCGACUGGGGCUCCUCAAGUUUUAUCUUCAGCUCCAUCCCCUAGCAGCAAUGACUCAAGCAUUGCUGCUGUAGCUGCUGCGCGUGCAUGGAUGUCUGUAGGAGCCGGAGGAUUUAGACCAGCUGGGCCAAAUGCAAAUCUAGAGAAGGACCAGAUAUAUGCUGAUUCCUUGUGCAAUUCAACUCGUGAUAUCCACUCACAAGUAGCACAAUUUCAUGGAGAGUUUCCUGCUUCUCGAGGAAUGCAUGUUCAACCAGACAGGAAAACUCCAUCUCGUCAUGCUUUUGUACCACAAGGCCCAGUACCUAUAAGAGUAGGCAAUGGGAUACAGUUUCACAACCAACCAAUGGUUUGUCCGCAACUAGCCAGUGCUCAUUUAUCCAGGUUCCAGCUGCAGUCUACUUGGCAAAAUCUCAGCCCACAGAUGCAUUUUGCUCCCGACUUAAAUAUUGGUUCCCAAUCAGGGUCUCCUCGAAAGCCUCCAUCAGGUGUCCUGGUUGAUCCUCAGCAGCCUGAUUUGGCUCUCCAACUCUGAGACAGUUUAUUUAGAGAAAAAGAAGAUUGUUGUAAUUGGCAUGGCAGUCAGAUAGAAGCAGUUUGGUGCAUAAGUCAAAUCUGCCGUCAUGAAUUGCAUCUGAGAAUCAUGUCUUCAGUACACUAGAUCAAGUUUCUCUGUCCAAUUAUUUG